AUGUUCAAAAAAGGGGUUGUGCGUGAAUGCGAGUGCGUGGGCGGUUUGAGUGGAUCUUUUUUUUUUUUUUUCUCUUCUUUUGUUUAUUUUUUUUUUGUUUGUUUUGCCGUUUGUGCGCCGUUGUCCGCUAGUAGCUAUUUGUUUUUGUUUUUUUAUUAUUAUUUUUUAGCGGGUCGCAUGCGCCGCACAAUUGCUGCGCUGACGGCCACGCCGGAGCGCUUCUCUAUUUUAGGCACAACACACCCGAAGCCCAAACGGACUGGCUUUGGGCGUAACAACAAGAUGCGCUCGAAGCCGAGCGACAAUGUGGCGUGGUACGACAAGGGGCCGGUGGAGUGGCUGCCACGUCCUGUGCGCCUCACAUACGACCACCUCGACCAGCUGCGUGAUUGGAUGAUGCGAGAGACGCUGGACGGCAAGACGGAGGAGUUUAAUCGCAUUCGCGACAUGCACCGCGAGUGGUCGCAGCACCCGCUCAUGCCGGUACUCGGCGACGUUGAGCCGAAGUUUCCACUGAAUCUCUUCAAGCAGAACCACCGGGCAAAGCGACGGUUCUUGGUCCGUUGGCACAAGGCAAAUACCCCCGCCAAUUGGCUGUGGAUGCCGCGGGGGCCCACCGUCGUCACGCCGCUGCACCACACAAACUCCUCGCAAUACCCGGAGAGUUGGAGGCAAAUGGUCCGCAAGAAAAAGUAG